CGAUGACGUAAGAUGUUGUGCGCCGCACGUCAUAUGCAGCAAUGGAGGCGGCUGGAGAGCUGAAAUGGGAUAUUGAACCUCACAAUGGCAGAAAUAGUUUUUUCACCCGAGAGUCUUACGAAAAAUAUUCCCUGGGCCCCACGGUCACUGAACUUUUACUCCUUUGUAACAAACCAGCAUCUGCAGAACCUGAUCCUACACCAGCCAAGUCAGAGACUCAAGAUCUUCAGUCUCCUGUCACUGAGAGCAAGUCAUCUGUUUGUGUACCUCCUAAAAAAAACUUUCCACCCUUUCCAGAACCACGUGUACCAUACCCUCGCCCUUCCUUACUCACAGCUUCGGAGCAGGAUACCUAUGUGAAACUGAUGAUUAAAUUUAUUAACAGCACCAAGAAUAGUGUCAAUGCCUUACAGAUGAAGGAAUACAGUCACUAUGAGUUCUUGAAAUUAAAGCUGAGCAGUGAACAUAUGGAGUUCCAGAAAUUUCUCCAGAAUGCGGCACGCAGCUGUGCUGAGGAUUACAAUGUGCUGUGUGCAGAUGCCACAAGAUACAUCCAGGAAAUGAUAAAGUCCUGCCAAUCGUAUGUGAAAAACUACCCUGAGCUCUAUGCUGUUCAUGACAUGACAAGCAUCCUGGGAGGAAAGUUUAUUCCUGACUUGUCACUGAAUCUGGAGAAGUGUCUUCUUAAACUGGGAUCAGUAAACUAUGUGAAAGUCAAAUUUCCAACACAUGAUAUUCUUCUCCCAACAUCAUAUCAAAAGGUAUCCCAGACAAUGCCCCCAGUGAGAAAGGCUGGGCAUCUGCAUAAGAAUGUGACCUCAGAUCCCAACACUUCUAAACUGGUUUCAAAGUACUGUCCACAGGUUGUGCUUACUGUGCAGGCUUUGUACACUCUUCUUAAUAAUCAUGGACCUGUGUACAAUGAACAGUGGGAGAUUCCUAUCCGUGUGGAGACCAUUAAUGGCACAGGUGACAAGCCCUCAAAAGUUGUGUAUGUGGAUUCUCCGCUUCCCAAGAAAGCGCUCAGCACAAGAGAGAAGAGCCAAAUAUUUCAUGAGGUCAUUUUGGACAAGUUCAUGCUGAAGAAUUCUCAAGUGGUUUUAAAAGCUGUGUCACUGGACAGGCAAGAGGAGGAGAGGCUUGCUGACAGAGCGUAUGCACAUAGGAAACCUGCAUGUGACAGCAAAGAAGUAGAUUUCGAAACCGAUGUGACAGAACUGGAAACAUUUGGAUCUAUGAACGUUGAUAAAUCAAAUGCUGCAAAGUCUGACGGCAGGUCUCCAGAUUUCUUAUUACAGCAUCCUACCAACUCCCAGCUAGACAAGAAGGAGACUAUUAACACACAGCAAGUAAAGCUAGGCAUUGAUUCAAAGAGAAUCCGAGAAGAAAAGAGCAGUUGUCAGGACUCGGAUAUGUCUGAAACAAGCAGUAAGUCACAAAUAGGAGCCCUGUCCUCCACCAGCAUUGAGACUCAGAGUGACUCUGAUGAGGAGAGACUUGUGAUUGAUGAUAACUUUGACAAAAGAAUUGAGAUGAUCCCUCCUUCAGUGAGCAAGGCCACCACAUCCACACCUGUACAAGCACAUCAGAAGCUACCCAAAAAGACAUCUAGGAAGGUUUCAAGUGAUGUUGGCCCACUGGGGCAGAUUUUGAAGAUGCAAGCAGAGCUUCUGAAACCUGGGGCAAAUAAGAUGGAACGGACAAGCACAGAAAAUGCAGGGAAGAAUGAACAGCUGCCUCAAAACCCAGUGCAAUGCCAGUCUUCAGUUGUUUUGGUUUCUGAUUCAUCACAGGAGACUCAGAGAAAAGAGACUACUGAUUGCUCCAGGGUUUUGCUGUCUAAUGAUCUCUUGGCCUUAGAAGAGGAUGAGAAUGAGUACACAGUGGAAGCAGAUGAGAACCUUGUAUACAAACUCUUCAGCCUGGAUGACAUUCUCCUGCUGCUUCAGGGCUCUGUUCAUACUGUCCUUACAGGAAGGAAACGAAGUUCACUUAAAGUAACCAAAAAGCAAACUCCUGUUUUUGUGCUCACUAAAAUGGAUUACCAGUAUUGUUAUGGGGUGGAGUCACUAACAGAGAGCGAGAGCUGCCGACUGUGGACUGAGAGCCUAGUACACUCUAACUGUACACUUUAUGUGGGUCAUGUUGAUGCCUUUACUUCAAAGUUCUUCAUGUUAGAAGAAGUCAGUGCACAAAAACUAAAGGAAAAUGUCAGUGCCUUCAAGCCGGCCAAUUGCCUCAAUAUCCUUCGUCAUAUUUUAAAGUGGCUGACUAGUCUACAGGAUGGGUCUUACCUCCUGAGCCAUGCUUCCAAGGACUCCUCAGUGUGCCUCUAUAAAAGUGGCACGGAUAAAACACGGGGAACAUAUAACCUGCUUGAAGCCCAUAGUGACCUUCCUAAGGCACCUUCCUCCCUUUCUGUUCCUUGGGUGCCACUGAAUCCCAACCUAUUGUUAAGCUACCACAUCCAUCAUGGCCGUCCACCUUGCACCUUCCCACCUGUUCCAGCAGCAAAAGCAGGGAUUCCUAAGUUAUUCAGGAAAUCUGUCCUGAAAGUAAGAACAGACUGUCAUUGA